UCUGGCCUCAGGGAUGGCCUGCCCAAGAUGCUGCUGGCCAGAGCUCUUUAUGACAACCGCCCUGACUGCUGCGACGAGCUGGCUUUCUCCAAGGGAGAUAUCCUGAUGGUGCUGGAGCAGAAUGUGCCAGAAAGCGAGGGCUGGUGGAAGUGUCUGCUCCACGGGAGGCAAGGCCUGGCCCCCGCCAACCGCCUCCUCAUCCUCCCGGAGGUCCCCCCAGACAGGCCCUGCCCCCUAUUCCUGAGGGGCCUGGAGAAUGACCUCGCUGGCUCAGAAGGGACCUACGAGGCCCUUUUUGUGUUUCCCAGACCCACCAGGGCCUGGCUGCCAACUCAGCCUUCCCAGGUGUACGACAUGCCUGCCCAGAGCCGGGUCCACUCAACGCUUAAGGAGCCGGAGAAGCAGCCAUUGUACGACGUACCAGCCAGCCCCCAGAAGGCCGCCCUCCACCCCCCGGCCAGCCACGUCAGCGAGCCCGGGAUCGUCCUGACAGCAGCCGCGGCUGUGGGGAGCUCCAGCUGCCACACGUUACCAAACCCUCAGAAACCAGCACGGACCUACGACAUCCCGUCUCCCCGAAGUGCCAGUGUGACAAGCCCAUCCUUACCCAGCCCGCAGGCAGAAGUGGAGCCCCGUGCGGGCCCCGCUUCCUUCUCUCCAGUCCCCAACCCCCCCAGCAGCCGUGCCAGGAGUGUCCCCCCACAGCCCGGCGACAACAUGCUCAGGCAGAAAAAAUCCAGCCUCCCAGACGUCUCUCCUCACCCCUGCGCAGCGCCUCGGGACUCGCUCCGGUCAGAGGCCGGCGUCAGCUACAAGGUACCGUCCAGCUUUCUGGUGCCCCGGGUGGAGCAGCAGAACACCACGCCCAACAUUUACGCCAUCCCUAAGGCCUUGUCAGGUGUGCUCCAGCCCGGAAGUGAGCGGGGCAAAGCCAAGCAGGCUCCGGAGACUCCCCCAGGCCACGAUUCGUCCUGGUUCUCCCGGCCGACAACCUCCCUGUCCCACGAGCCCCACCGGUUAUCCGUCUCCAGCUCAGACAGCAGCAGGGCGAGUGUCAUGUCUUCCUGCUCCUCCAUGUCAGCUGACUCCUCCAGCAGCUCCUCUUCAGAGCUCGCCCUGGACCUGGAUCCCGACACGGCCAAGGAGACAGCGAUGGCCCUGCAGCACCAGGUGGUCGGCUCUGCGGCAGGCCUGCUGCUCUUCGUGAAUAGGAAGUGGAGGUUCAGAGACUCUCUGGAGACCCACGUCCACGCCAUCCGCCAGGCCGCUGGCCACGUCGAGGAAUCUUUAAGGCAAUUUCUGGAUUUUGCGCAAGGCGUUCGUGGGUCGGCCUGCCACCUCACAGACCAUCAUCUGCAGGCUAGAAUUCAAAAUCAGCUCCAAACCAUCUCCAACUCCUACCAGAUCCUGCUGGAAGCAAAGGGAAGCCUAGACAGCUACAAGUGGUCUCUGGACAUUCUUGGCACGGAUCAAGUCCCGAACAGCUCUGAUGACCUUGAGAGGUUUGUCAUGGUGGCUCGGAUAGUUCCAGAAGAUGUCAAGAAGUUCGCCUCCAUUGUCAUUGCCAACGCGAGGCUCCUUUUCACUCAGAACGGUCAAAAAGAAGAGCUCGUGCAAUUAAUCCCAAAUGCCGGCCCCCAGCAUGAGACAUGCACACAGAGUCCCUUUCCCAAGGAAAAGGAAAGUGAACUCUCCACUGAACUGGGGAAGAAGAGUGGAAUGGACACCAGUGGGCAGGGUCCUAGCUCUCUUGUGCCCCAACCCUUGAGUCAGCAGACCCUUGAGAGGAAAAUCCGCCUCUCUGAACACUGCCGGCUGUAUUUUGGGGCGCUCCUCAAAGCCGUCCGUGUGUUUGCCAGCAGCCUCCACAGCAGCCCAGCCCCUGAGGUCUUCAUCUCUCAGAGCAAGCUGGUGAUCACGGCCGGGCAGAAGCUGGUGGACACGCUGUGUGCGGAGACCCGGGAGAAGGAUGCGCACCAUGAGAUCCUCUGCAGAAGCAGUUACCUCUGUGGGCUGCUCAGGGACCUGGCGCUGGCCACCAAGAGCGCGGUGCUCCAGCACCCCAGCCCGGCAGCCCUGGAGCACCUCCGGGCAGAGGCCCAGAGGCUGGAGCACCACGUGCAGCAAUUCAGGGGGACGCUGGAUUGA